AUGGACACACCGCAGUCGUCACGCGCACGUCCACCUCAACUACUGUCCAAGCCAAACCCACCUUCUUCCCCUCCCCCGCCGCCGCCCAUCUCCUCCGCCACCACCUCCCCUUCCCACGACUUCUCCUUCCCCUCUCCCUUCGGCGGCCACCUGCUCCCGCUCUCCAUGUCCCGCACCCCCGUCGGCCGCGUCGGCAGCGACCUCAGCCACGCCAGAGCGAGCCAUCAUCACGCCACCACCACGAGCAACGGCGGCAUCACUACUAGCAGCAAGGACAGGGACAGGGAUAGUAGUAGGGCCAAGAGCAAGGCCUCGCCUUUCUUCUCCGGCCUUGGCGCCGCGUGGAGGAAGGAUAGCAGCAGCAGCGACGUGACCGGAAGAAAGCAGCAGGCCGAGGAGAAGAGGAAGGAUAGGGCCAAGCAGAGGGCGCUGGACGUGGGCCAGUGGGUGAAGCGACACAUGGCGUCCAUGGUGGAGCAGCUGCGCGCCUCCUUCUCCCGGCAGCAGUCGGAGAGGGAGAGGCGCGAGCAUCAGCGCCGCCGGCCACACUCGUUCUCGGGCCACGGUCCGGGCGCCGUCAGGGAAAUGAGGGAGCGGGAGCGGUGGAGGCGGCGGCGCGGGCAGCUGUCGUCCGCGCCGGCGUCGCUGCGCGUGUCGCCGGCGAACAGCGGGCACCUCUCCGUCGGCGGGUCGGUGAAGGUGUCCACGUCGUCGGAGGAGAGCACCAUGGAGGAGCUGCAGAGCGCCAUCGAGGCCGCCAUCGCGCACUGCAAGAAUUCCAUCUCCGUGCCCAAGCAGACGGCGGCGGCCGGGGAUGACACCAGCAAGCUUCAGUAA